CACAACGGCAAUCUGUCACCUAUCCGCAGAUUGCCUCACUGUUCUCGGCUUGUCCAUAACUAUGGUCCGGAGGAAUGGAGAAACAUGGACGUGACGGAGUGAUACGACGGAGGACGCGCACGGAUUCGGAGUGGAAUUAUAAGAGUCCCCGCCGCGGCGCUCUUCUCCCCUGCCUUCCCGCGUAACACCGUUCCCUGGAUGUGACGGAGGGACGUUCCAGUAAUCUUCGUAGCCGGACGAGAAGACGACGAGGCGGCCUGAAAUCGAGCAAGCGUCGCUGGCAGUGGAGCUCACCAGGGCUCAUGUGAGAGGAGGCCAUGGGAAGUCAGGGCAGCCCGGUGAAAAGCUACGACUACCUGCUCAAGUUCCUGCUGGUAGGCGAUAGCGACGUGGGCAAGGGCGAGAUCUUGGACAGCCUGCAGGACGGCUCGGCUGAAUCGCCCUACGCAUACAGCAGCGGCAUCGACUAUAAGACCACCACCAUUCUUCUGGAUGGCAGGAGGGUGAAGCUGGAGCUUUGGGACACAUCAGGACAGGGACGUUUCUGCACCAUUUUCCGCUCAUACUCGCGUGGCGCUCAGGGUAUCCUGCUGGUGUACGACAUCACCAACCGUUGGUCCUUCGACGGCAUCGACCGGUGGAUCAGAGAGAUUGACGAGCACGCGCCUGGCGUUCCGCGCAUCCUGGUGGGCAACCGCCUGCACCUGGCCUUCAAGCGGCAGGUGCCCACCGAGCAGGCGCGGGCCUACGCCGAGAAGAACGGCAUGACCUUCUUCGAGGUGAGCCCUCUGUGCAACUUCAACGUCAUCGAGUCCUUCACUGAGCUGUCGCGCAUCGUCCUCAUGCGCCACGGCAUGGAGAAGUUCUGGAAGCCCAACCGAGUGUUCAGCCUGCAGGACCUGUGUUGCCGAGCCAUCGUGUCGUGCACGCCGGUCCACCUCAUCGACAAGCUGCCGCUGCCCGUGGCCAUCAAGUCCCACCUCAAGUCUUUCUCCAUGGCCAACGGCAUGAACGCCGUCAUGAUGCACGGACGCUCGUACUCGCUGGCCAACCCGGCCGGCGGCUCCAAGGGCAACAGCCUCAAGCGCUCCAAGUCCAUCCGGCCCCCGCAGAGCCCCCCGCAGAACUGCACGCGCAGCAACUGCAAGAUCUCCUAACUGCUACUUCCCACCCCCACCACCCCCCGGGGAACGACAGCCAGCGGGGUGACCGACUGGCCGGCCUGGGAAGCUUUGACGCUGGUCAGGGCGCAGUCCCAGGAGAAGGAGUCCAAGAUUUUUGAGUGUCCCGCUGCUACUACCGAAACCACGAGUCACGUGAGAGACAAACAAGGAGUUUUCUCCUCCUGUAUAGACAGAGGCACUCAUGAAGUGUCUCUGUAUUUUUUUACAUUUUAUUUUUUUUCUUCACAAGUCAUCUUUUCUUGAUUCUCAAGCUCAAUAAGCUACAAGUUGGCACACUUUGGAAAUGGCCUCCCACACUAGCACAUUUCGCCUAGUGACAUACGCUCACGCACACACACACACUCACACAAGUAUUUUCAUGCGCUCUUGGAACCCUCUCCGGACUGGCGACACACGCACACGCAUACACGUUCCUCUUAAAAACAACCGUCGUCACAUACAGAACAACUGGAAAAAAAAAACGGGAUGCUGAAUUGACUCCGUUUUAUUUCAUCAAGUGGUUGCACGCAAUAAAAUGGUCUGUCUCCAGGUACAUUUUUUGAGGUCGAUGUAGCAUCUUCUGAAAAAGAUUUUCUGGAUCAAGAUGAUUUUAUUGCGUUCAACCACUUGAUGAAAUAAAAUGGAGUGAAUUCAACACCCCGUCACACACACUGUACACGCCACACGCACUCAAUCUCCAUUCAUGUGACACAUACAGUUCACAUUGACAUGUUCCUCACUUACUCCUCUGCCACCAUCUCAUACACUUGACACGCACUCAAUGCACACACUUGUGUCGUCGCCUCGGAAGCUCGUACACUUCUCACAUACUGGAGCGCCUCGUUGUACUUUCCUUUGCACAUCAACAAGCGGCUGUCUCGCGAUUGGAGCUAAACGCAACAAGUCCCGGCUUGCUCCAGGUCCUGACCUGUGACUAGCAGACUUCGUUAGCGUGUCUGAAAAUGGAACGAUCGGAUGCAUCAAACCUGGUUUUUGUUCUGUGCAUCACCCGCUUGUUGGCGUGAAAAGUAACUGUUUACGGUCCCUCACACUUGGAUCUAACUUGACACUAGCGAAGGACUCUUUUCCUUGAUUUCUCUUCAUUUUGUACACUUGGACUUGCCUACUACUACUAGCACUCGGGCUCCAUUUUAGAUCACAACACUUGGCUCCCGUUCGUUCCACGUGGCUUCCUACCUCCCCCAAUUAUGGCUAAUAUGAUCUCGUGUCAGGGGUGCGAAAGAGGUAUGGGGUUGUCCUUGUGUGACGGAUUUUUAAAUAUGUUGCGCGAAGAUGCCUUUCAGCCACAUGAAAUUUUUACUACGGCAUUUAAAAAAAAAAAAAAAAAACAACCAAAUCUCACCAGGGACCCGAUCCGCUUCGAAGGAUGUCAUUAUCCGUCAUAUUGUGUUUUUAAAAUAUUUAUAUUAUGGUGUCAGCCACAGUUACAUUGACACGGUUAUCGGUUGAUGUGGGACGGCUGCAGUCCUGCGACGCACAAGUUCAGCAUCCGUCAGCCAAAAUGUGGAUCAUUGUUCUCCAAAGUCAAAACAGAUGUUUGCAAAAGACUUAUUUUGAUUCUGCUUUUAGAGGGUUAUUUACUGUUGAGAGGCUCAAAUUGUGAGGAUUUGGACAAUUUUAAAGUUUGCUCGACAUGAUUAAUCCAUGAUCCAAAAAGUUUUGAAGUAGUUUGAUCAUUGAUUAGUUGCGAAAUAAUAAUUGCUGCACUUCGCUUUUGAUGAGUAGAUGAAUCAGCGAUAAUGUCCACUCUAUAAAUGGCCCUACAGAGUAUUUAGGGAAGAUGCCACGGAUCGUUUCAGCCCUUGCAUCAACGAUCUAAAAAUCCCUGCGUAACAAACGUGUGAAUGAUUCUGAAUGCAGCCCGACCCUUCUGAUGUCGGCCUCGCCGCCUCCUCCGUGCGCCAUCCCAUGAUUCAUUGCUGCUGAAUAAUGAACACUCCUCAGGGAGGCGUCUUCAUCUUCUUCUUUGCGCUGCGCUUUCAUCUUCCCCCUUUCCACAGCUCACGCUGUUUCUCACUUUUGCCGCCAUUUUUUUCCCUUCAACGUCGCCACCUCAUUUUCCUUUCCCAGCUCAGUUUCUCUUCUUAAACGGCAGCGUUAGGAGCUCAUAUCAGUAUUUUAUCAUGUGUAUUUUGCUUUUUAUGGGAAGUGUUUUUCGUCUAUUCAGGGCACGUGUCAAACUCAAGGCCCCGGGGCCAGGUGCAUUUUUUUGUGGCCUACUAAAGCAAAUCAUGUGUGUCAAAUUCAUGUUUUUUUGGUAAAUCAAUUUGUUCUUUCCCGUUUGGGUAUAAAAUCUUGACGGUAAAAUGCCAUUUUUAAUCACAUUUUUACAGAUGUUAGAAUUUUCAAUCGCCGAACCACAACUGUGCAGGGGCUCACUUUCAUAACUAUAAAAUGCAGGAGCAAUUGUGUGCGCAACAUACACUUGAUAUCAUUUUACAGUCAUGAAAUGUGUUUGACACACCCGAUUUUGUGAUCAGAAAACAUACUUCAAUUCUUUUUUUCUCUUCAUUUUACACCAAAUUCAUCUCCAAACUAUCAUCCCAGUGGCUUGUGUGGAAGAGUGUUACAUCAAUUUUGGAACAAAUCUGACGAAAAUCAGCAUUUUUUUUUCCCUCCCGCUGCACUGGCUUUGUUGGUGUGGCCUGAAGCUGUAAUCCUGCACUGAGAAUGUUCCUGGCACAAGUGUCCGGCGUGUGGUGGAUUUUCGUGUUUGGAACGACACUCCUGUUGUUGGGAAUGUGUUUCCUUCCUUCCUGCCAGCCCUUGCUACUGCUUUUUCACCCGUGGCACUCUGAAAAUGGGACAACAUGCACAAAAAUGAGAGAAAGACAUAUCUGCAGAUCGUUAAUGUACUAUUUUAUUUUCUACCUGUGACAUAAAACAACCACUUUUUGGAGUAAUUUGUGUUGUUUUAUAUCUUCUCUGAUAGAGUUCCUGACUCUGGAUGAAGUGUAAGAUAAACUAGUGCAGCAAAUGGAACAAAUGUUUGUGUGCCACUUGAGUUUUUCAAAUUGGGCUCAGUAUUGUUGCCAAGACUUCCAGAAGAGGUUUUCCUCUCUGGUGAUGUGCUGGAAAAGAAAGAUGCGUUGUACUUGCUGACUAAUGGACUAAAAACGUGUUUUUGUUUGUUUUUGCGUGUGCACGACCUCUUAAAUGAUUUGAGAAAAGGAUGCAUGAUAGGACCUCUUCAGGGGAUGCCCUCUGAUUGGCCUUAUUGGCUUUGAGUAAAGGAGCAGUCUUGUAAAAUGGACUUAAAAACACAUUUAAACACUAUUUUGGGGGCUGAUGGCUGCUGCAUCUGAGGUGUGAGUAUGUGUAUGUGUGUCUGAGUAAUAAGCUGAAAUAUUUUCCUCUUUUUAAAUUAUUGAUUGUACAGUUUCAACGCUGUGAGGGUUUGAAGAGACUUUUUCACAAAUAAACAGUUGAAUGUUCAAGUUAA